AUGACGUGCGAAAAGCCAAAGAAUGGCAAUGAAGAGUCAAACGAUCUUUUCCCAAUAAACGAAACACCUGCAAGUACGAUUUCCAACAUUACUGUUGAUCAAUCUGACAAAAGUAAGGAGAUGCUCGAAGAUUUUGUACAUGAUGCAAUAUCUGAAAUUGGCUCUGACAACACGCCAGAUGAACUAUCGAUGUACUCCCAAUUAGUCGAUGUUCUGUCAACAUCAGAGUUUGAGCAACAUGAAGAUAACGAGCUAAGCACUGGUUUUGAACCUGCCGCACUGACACAAUCUAGUAUAUAAAGGAGAGCGCUGAUCGAGCAACAAAACAAAGAAUAUGACGAAGCACUUAAAACGGAUCAGCAAAAAGAACAAGAAAAAGAAAAGGAAAAAGAAAUUGCUAGGGAAAUGGAGCUGUUGAAACACGAAAGGGAGGCAAGAGUACUGGAAGGACCACAUAUUGAAGAAGACCAUGUAGUUGUUUGUGUAAGGUACCUACGUGGUGGUAUUGUAACGCGUGCUUUCUACCCCACUGCCAUUAUGCAGGCAGUUUACGACUGGAUAGGUUCGCUGCAGUUAGAUCCGCCACAUUUUGCACUCUUUGCCAUGACUAGAACACAAUAGUACCUCAGACGAUGCUGUACAUGGAGCAGACAGAUGAUCCAGUGCCACCUUCAGCACCUGUUUUGGUUAGUACAGCCAUCGAUUGUGAAGUCGUAAUCGAGGUAACAAACAAUUAAAAAUUAAAGCGGAUUCAAUUUGUCUUUAAAAAAGUGCAUGAGUUCAUAACGGGGCACGUCCAGCAGUCUCUGAUUCGAUGCAUUUGGUCUUCAAUGCGUAGUUCCACAUUAAAAUUUUUAAAGCUUCUUCGCGGAACUCUUUUAAUCAAUUUGCCAUGCCCAAGAGUUUAUGGAAUGUUUAGUACUAGUUUCCCAUGAAAUAUAUUCCAAAUUUGGAACAGUAUACUUGAGAAUAUUUCCAACAAACUUGAUAAGCAAGUGCUGUGAAUUGGAAAAGCCACAUUGCGGUGAUUGCAUGACAGUGACAUUGAUAGUGCGAGUGUCCUAUAUAUUUUAUUUGUCACGUGAGCACUACUGCAUGUAUUUAUCUUUGAUUUAUUUACAUUAUAAGUACUAUAAAGAAUGUUCUAAAUCUUCACAUUCUGGGGUUUAUGAAAGGAAUGAUAUCCAAAAAUGACCAGUCAUUCCCACAUAUUUAAUUUUAGUUUGAAAACUUGCACUUCUACAUUCUGUUGCCUGCCUGUAUAUGAUGUAGAAUAGCGCAUUCCAUGUGUCUGCUGAUAUCAAAAGCCAUAAAAUGCUAUUUAUAUAUUUAUCUGGUUUAUUCCAUAGGUUUCCCAUUUUACACCUGCAGACCAAUCUGUUGAAGACUCUUUGCCAGAUGAUAUUUCAAGUUGAUUGACAAACAAUGAAGAAGCUGUCGAUGGUACUGUCCAUCAUUACACGGUAUUUAGAAGCAAUUUUAACAUCAAUUUAGUAAUUCAGGGAGGCAGUGUUAUUUUGAAGUCUAGAUUGUUUUAAACCGAAACGCAUCGUCAUCUUAAGCCGUUUAUUUAUAUACCCAAAAAUGUAAAUGUAUGAAUUUUGUUGAGUUUUUCGCAGAAUUUUAAACUGAAUGUUCAUUUAAUGUUUUUAAUACCUGUAGGAGUCUGCAAGGCUGCUUCGAUGAUCCAUUGCCAGAAACCAUUCAAUUUACAGUUCAUCGCAGUACUGUUCUAUCUGACAUCAUCAAACAAUUUCAAGAAAACAAAAGUUUGUGCGACCCAAACCUCGACAUGGUUAUUCAAGGUAUCGAUAAUAGAGGGAAAUACGAAAAGGGGGUUGGGGUUGUCCACGAUGUAAUUGCGAUGUUUUGGGGAAAGUUUUAUGAUGCACUAACUGAUUUUAUGUUUUAUGGGACGCUAUUGCGUUAUUCCUUUUGAGAGGUUUUAUUCAAUGUAAAUACUUUCCAGUGUCCCUCUCUCGCGUCUUCAUAAAAGUAAUUCUUCACGGGGAAGUAUCUGUUACUGAAGAGGAAUUGAUGGCAGAGUUGUUGAAAUUUGUUUCAAUCGACGAGGCAGAUACCAUAAGUGAAUGUUUGUCUGCGAACAUGGCUUGUAACAGUGACGAAUUUGUGGAUAUUUUAUCCUCUUAUGGCGUGAGGCAACGUCCUAACAACGACAAUGUCAGGGAAAUUUUCAUCAAGUUAGCGCAUAAAGAAAUAAUCCAGAAACCGAAUUAUAUUACAGAAAGAUGGAGCGCUGUACUUCAACCCCUAAAAGAAAUUCUUACAAGUAGCAUUGACGAGAUUUAUCUAAAACUGGAAUCGACAACGAGAAAGGUCUUUUGUUGA